GUGGGGUUUUACGUUGGUCAAGAUCAAUCAAUACAAUAUCAUGACAAAUGGAGAACAUUUGAAACGUCCUUCCGAUUCACAGGUCACGAAUAAUGGAAUUAAAAAGCAGAAAGCGGAUGGAGUUUCAGCAAUAGGUGGUGAACAUACACAAGUGGAUUCGUUCAAUGCUCUAUUCUCGAGCGACUCUAUAACUGGUAUCAACGAGAGCAAUAUUGCUCGCAACAAUGGAUCCAACAAUGGCAGCAGUAGUAAUGAUCAAAUAGUGCCUAGCGAGAGCCAGAUGAGAGACAUGGAUUUGGAAACCUUACCAGUAAGUUUACUACAAAGUGCGUCUCUCCUGAAUAUAAACCACACUGUCCAAUCAGAUGCCAACAAGCCACGUCCAACUGCGACUAAAUCUAACGAUGGUACAAUUCCCCAAGCUAAAGAGAAUUCUCAGGAUAUCCUCAAUAACCAGCAACAAGCCCCAACCCAGAAAGACUCCAACGAAAAGGAGAAGCUAGACAACACAGACCCUAGCAAAUUAAAUGAUGCCAUAGCUGCGGCCGGGGUCGAUAUCCAGCAGGAAGAAGAAUUAUUGUUUCAGCAACAAAUGAACAGGAGAUCAGACGUAUCCAAGGAUUUAAAACAAAUUAUAAAAACGUCCCAACCACCGGCAUUUUUAAACAACUACCAUUUAGCUGCAUUUAUGAAUAAAGUCGCCAAGGAAAAUGGCGUGCAACAAAAUUUCCUUCAAGAUGGAGACAUGCUUGAGUUAGUUUCCGGUGCUUGCGAAACUUGGUUAUCGCGAAUCGCUACAAAAACAAUUAUGUUAUCACGCCAUCGGAGAAGAGGAAUACCAAAUGUGACAGGAAAACGAGGCCAGGGACACCACAGCAGUUCCAGUUCAGGGGCAUCUAUACCGAGGUCCGAGUUAUCAAAAGAAUUGAGAAAUUUAGCAAUCAAACAAAAGGAAUUAGAAGAAAAAAGAGUCAGUAAACGAAUUCUUUUAGGUCUUGAAAAAAGUUCCAGUGAUCCAACAGCAGAUGCUGAAGGUGGCGAUAAGGCAGGCGUGGAAGAAACCUUACAUCGUGCUGCUAACGCCACUGCUGCCAUGAUGACUAUGAACCCGGGAAGAAAAAAAUACUCAUGGAUGACUUCUAGCUCUGGAGCUGGUGGUGCUGAUUUUGGAAAAGCUGGUUCUGACAAGGAAGGCAAUAAGCAAAGCCCUAUUAUCUCUGUUCGUGGUGACAAUGGACUUCGGUUCCGAGAAAUCAGAUCUGGGAAUUCCAUAGUCAUGAAAGAUAUCUUGGGAGCCUUGGAAGAUGAAAGAAUAGGUACUGACAAGGCAAUCAUCAAAGGAUAUGCCAAACUUAAGGAUUAGCCUCUAUAUAUAAAACCUGUAAUAAUAAUAAAGUGUACUAUUAACCCAAGUG